AGCCUUUGCACCGCUGCUCAAGUACAAAGUUUUAGCAAAUAAUGGCACAGCAGAAUCCAAACCCAACUAACUUUACCUCAAGUUCUGUGGUGAUGCAUAUUUUAUUGAUUAUCAUCUUUGUAAGACUAGUCAAUAUAUGCAAAAACCUGCCUAACCCUUUAAAAUAAUAACCUCAACAGUACAAAGCAGUAAAGUCCAAAACAAGGCACACCAUCAUCAUUAAUUUACUUAAAUGCUUUAAAGCUACAAUAUGUGGUCUUCAUUCUGCUGUGGGGAUAUUCAUGUGUCAUACUGUGAUGAGGCUGAGGCAACAAAGUGCUGCUCAUGAAUGCCAGAUCAGGUGUAGGUGUGACUGUCUCUGGUUCAGAGAUGACCUGACACCGAUGCCAGGAUUGAAUAUCGGGUCAAAGCCUGCGGGGUGAAAUGUGGCAUCGCUGUCAAAAAACUUUUUCAAAAACUCAAUCCAAAUCCAACAGCCACCCGUAACAUGACAGACAUCACAAGAAAAGCUUCAGAGCUGCACCUUUAUGCUGUAACUAGACAGAAAGAGAGAACAAACCACAGGCUGUUGAGCUGCUGUUUAUUAUGAGCACCAGUGAUCCAGUAUGAUAAUGUCACAUACUGGGCUGCCUCCCAGAGAAGGUUUAAAGUCAGAUGCAAGAACUAUUCCUACUAAAACCUGAUAUCUAAAAUAUUUAACACCUCCAGAGUUGUCCAAUGACUUGCUGGGUUAAGCUCUGUUGUUCUUGUGUGACAACUGUAGACUGGAGCUAAGAUAAAGUACGUUCACUAACAAAAACAGCUCAGACUCAGUGUCAAUAUCGGUCAAGUCUCCGUCACUAAUGCUGAAAAAAACACUCAGGUCAUGGUUAAGAUGAUAAAGAUCGCUGUAGUCCAAACAUCCCAGCUAAACUGAGCAGUGUUUAGGAGCUGGCUCUGUGGGACAUAAACAGCUCUACUUAUUUACUCUGAAAAUGUGAAGCAACACUAUGAGGUGUGGAUGAAAACUGUGGAAAAAUCCAGUGAGUGGACACUAACUGGGUUUAGAUCUGGUGACCAAUAAGCACAGGUAGAGAAACCUAUCAGAUGGCUGGAGCUGAAUUUAUCUGACACCUUUCUUGGCUUAGUGUUAGCAGAGAAUCUUCCUUUCACUUCUUAAAACUGUUACUUGAAUUUAUGGUUUAAAAAAGGUGAUUGUUGUGUGCUUAUUCUGAACUUUUUGUGUAACAUUUUCCAGCUUUCUUCAUUCUCCAUUCAUACAAACACGUGCAGAUCCUCCUGAUAGCUCUGUCUUCAUGUUUAUGACCAAAAAAAGCCCCGAGGCCUGCGUCUUGGCCCGGUCACGUGGUCUCUAACCCGUCACCCUCCCUCCCCUCCUUUAACUCCCCCCUUUCACUUCCCCUCUCUCCGAACACGCGCGUGCUCGGAGGCCUGAGAGCAGCAUAAAACUGAGGACAUAAAUCAGACUCCCAUAAAUAAUGGCCGUACUUCCCUUUACAUCUCCGUUGGACUAACAGACAAUAAAAACACCAAUAAGCAGAGAUUGGAUCUAAUUUAUAGCCUCAUAAAAACAGAUGGAGAGCUCGGCUCGGCUUCAGACACUCCUGAAAAGAGUACAGCUAUUUCUGUAGAGCGCGUUCACAGCCAGGUACACAGAGGAGAGCUCACAAAGUCUAAGUGCUGUUUCAUAAGGAGGCAGUUUAGGUGUAAGAUUAGUCGGGAAAUCUGUCAGACUAGCUGUAUGUUAGGCGUGGAUUUACCAUCCAGUAUCGAUCAAAUACUAUUAUUAUUAUAGUAAAUAUAAAUAUAAUUACACACGUACUGCUGCCAGUAGAAAUAAUACAAAAAUCUCGGUCAUUAGUGAACUAAGCACAACGAAAAUAUUAUUAAAAAUAUAUUAUGUUGUAUUAUAUAUUAUUACGUAACACCUAAAGCUCCCUCUUGUUUCCCUUUGUUUUCUUUAUUAUUGUUAUUCUGAGUUGUGCAUUUCUUUAUUUUUUUACUUAGACUAAUCAAAAGCUAAAACAACAGUAGUUAGUGAUCCUAUUCUUAAUUAAGUAAAAUUUAAAUGUUCGUACUAGGAAAAAAAUGCAUGCCCUGCUAUUAUCAGUACCGCCUAAAUAAAUUUAAAUUUAACUGAAAAGAAUAGAAUAUAAUUUUAAAUAAAAUAAAGUUACUAAUCCCAGUCUCCAGUCGACCAAUCCAUGCGCUCCACGUCUGCACUGCAACGACAAAAACACUUUCUGCUCUCCAACAAAACUCCCAAUAAACUCCACAGCAAUUUAUUUAAAAAAAUAUACAGAUUUUUACGAGUAAAAUAUAAAAUAAAAAGAGAAGGAAGAUGAGAAAUCACAGCGGCUGAUGCUGCAGCUCAGUCAGCUGCUCGUGUUUUCUGUGUGGGCUUGUGUUUGCUGUGCGCUCGGCCUUUCUGCUACGCUCAAUGGCUCCCACUCCCACACACAUUUCUGCCUUUUCUGCCUCUUUCUCAGAGCCUGGGGGUGAAACUAAACGGCAUGAGAACGAGAGGGAGAAAAGAGAGCGAGCGAAACUGCUUAGAUCCAUUUGUCGCUGGUAUCUGAGUGUUUUUUAAAUAAUUUAAACAGAUAAAAUGCUUCACCGUGACGCGCUAGUGUGUGUUUCUGCUGCGCGUAAAAAUAAUAAAACGCGUCGAAUCGUAGAACUGAAAGCAGAGAGGCAAAGGGAGUGAGGCUGGAGCUUUUUCUUGUUAUUUAGGGAGAGAGAGGGGCUGCUGUCAGCCUCUUUGCAGGGAGAGAAAGAUUGAUCACCGCACUUCUUUUUUUCCCACUCGGGGCUCUCCGGGCCCUCCCCAAAAUACCCUCUGCUAAACUGCAGAGUUUUUGAUCUUUAUAAAAAUCUACAUGUGCAGAGGCUGAAGGCCACUCAGCACAGUAUCACUUUCUAUUAGGAUUCACAUAGCUGCUCCUGUAGUAUUAUUUUUAUCAUAAGGUAGAACAGGAGGCCCGGGGAGCUCUCUUUUUUUUCCAGCUGCACAGAACGACCUCGCUGUGAACUCUCUCUCUGCGUAAACACACCGAACAUUUUUAACACAUCACACUGGUGGGAGAGGGUGAGAGAGGAACCCUGGUAUCUUGCAAGAAGGACUUUGGAGGCUAUUUUAGGAUGAGAGUAUAUUUAGACAAAAAAAUAGGUUGCUGUCUUCCUCAGACGCACGCACAAGGAUGGAUCAUAAAUACGCAAAGAAGCCUGGAAAUACAAAAAUCGUAGACUUACACACGCACAGGUCCCCCCUCUCUGCCUCUCCUCAAACCUAAGCUUCAGUCUGUCUGUUAGAAACCAAACUGCUCCAUCUGUACUACCGCUGAGUAGAAAUCUCCAUCAUCCUCUCCUCCUGAGCUGCUGCGCCAUCUAAAACCCUCUCCAAGUUUUCUGCGCCUAAGUUGGGGAUUUUUCAGCCUCUCUGAGAUUAAUGAGCUGAGCGUGUAAACAGCAUUGUGAGUUUCUUUUCCCUGAAGGAGACAUAUUGUAAACGGUUCUGGCCAGCUCCGUUCACCUAAUGUUAGCCGUCAUUACAUCACCCAAAAGACUGGAAAAAAUGUCCGAGAGAUGCUCUAUUGUUUGCGCACAUCAGCGGGCCGGGACGCACCAACCCGUCGCCCACACGGCGCACAUGGCGACCGGCCGCCUUGUCUCUUUUUUUCUCCCCACAUUUUACCCCCCGCAAAGACUAAACAAUAGCAGCUAUCCCCUGAUAUAGCCCUUGUUUGCCACAGCUAUUUGGUGGAAAAAUAAUAAUGCUGCUUCCCACAGCUACCACCGCCGCCAGGCCCAGGCCCCCAAUUGGCUGUUUUCGGUCACAUGACCAGGAAUUGGCUGCAAUUUCGCCCCAUAGUUCUUCAGUUUAGCCUACCCAGGUCCCCAUACGCUAGUAAUAUCACCAAUAUACACAAUUAUUAUAUAGCCACCGCAUUUACGCCAUUGCGGUCGGGAGCCUACAUGCUCGUGCGUUUUUUUUCGUUUUAUUUUUUAGGGGGCCAUAUUGUGUUGUGUGCGUGUGCGAGCGUGCGUGCGUGCAUGUGUUUUGUUUUUUUUUUAUUUUGGGGAAGGGAUUGUUCGGGGGUCUCGCCGUUUGAGGCUGAAACCGGUCUGAGGGAGCUAUGAAUUUUGAAUUUGAGAGGGAGAUCGGUUUUAUAAACAGCCAGCCGUCCCUAGCAGAGUGCCUGACGUCCUUCCCCGCCGUCCUGGAGUCAUUUCAAACUUCAUCAAUCAAGGAGUCGACAGUAAUUCCGCCUCCCUUCGAGCACACCAUCCCCAGCCUCAGCCCCUGCACAGCCAGCCAGCCGAGAUCGCCUACUAGGAGCCAGCAGAACCGGAGAACCUCCGCCACUAAUGGCCUCCAGACGCACCACCGAGCCGCCCAGCAGCCCUGCCCGCCCGGCCAAGCCCCUGCCCCGGUCACGGCCACCUCGGCCGGUCCGCUGGCCCACGAGUUCCCCUGGAUGAAGGAGAAGAAGUCAUCCAAGAAGUGCCCCAAGCCUGGGAACAGCUCUAGCGGUGGCGGAUCCAUCAUCCCCCCCGCCUCAUCCUCCCCGUCGCCAACCGCCUCUGGGUACGCUUCGGCGGGCAUCGAGUCACCCACAGAUCCGAGUCAGGCGGGUCUGGACGCCGGAGGAGCCGGGUCCCGCCGGCUGCGCACCGCCUACACCAACACUCAGCUGCUGGAGCUGGAGAAGGAGUUCCACUUCAACAAGUACCUCUGCCGGCCCAGGAGGGUGGAGAUCGCCGCCCUCUUGGAUCUGACCGAGCGGCAGGUCAAAGUUUGGUUCCAGAACCGGCGGAUGAAACACAAGCGGCAGACCACGCACCACCGGGACGGCAGCGGAGGAGGCCACGAGUCCAGCGACCCGGGCGGGUUCGAGCCGCUCGAAGGCGCAGACGCCUCCUCUCCGUACUCAAGCCAGCCGCUGGAAGCAUCUGGCACCGGGGAGGCUGCAGCAGAGGGGGAGCCGGGGGGAGGCAAUCCAUCUUCGGUCGCUGCUUCCACCGCCUACACUAAUGACAGCGGGGACAAUGCACAACCCACGCCGGAGGAGGGAGGCCGUUUGGGCCGUCCCGAACGCCCACCGCUGCCCGGGGCUCCUGGUUCCACGGACUCCCACCACUCUCCGCCGGCUUUCGCCGCGACGAACUCCGCGGACACCGCGGGCCUGAUGCAGCUGAGCGAGGCCGGGCCCGCCGCAGGAGCCGCAGGAGCCGCCGCGUCCGAGGCGUCUUUCCCCGAGCAGCGGGACUCCUCCAUCACCCCCACCGCCUCCUCUGCUCCUCUUGCCGCCUCCUCUUCAUCAUCAUCGGCGCUCUCCGACCUGACCUUCUUCGCCGGGGACCCCUGCCUGUCCCCGAGCCUGCAGAGCUCCCUGGACAGCCCGGUGGAUUUCUCCGAGGAGGACUUCGACCUGUUCACAAGCACAUUGUGCACCAUAGAUCUGCAGCACCUCAACUUCUGAGGCCAACAUAAAACCAGAGAAAUGAGGGAGUGUGUGGACAGGCCUGUGGAUGAACAAUCGAGAGCAGCAGACAAACGGACUCUGUUGUUAAAAAAAAGCAUAAAAGCUUCUCAGCAACAUUCCUGAAACAAUUCUGAAUGAAAAUUAUGUUCAUUUUUAAAUAUUUUUUUUCUUCUUGUUGGUUUUAUUUGUAGUUUGAGAGAUGCGGUUAAUUUUAUUUUUUAAUUUUAAAAAUCAAAAAGGAAUAGUUUUUUUCCCUCGAUCGAAGCGUUGUGGAUUUUUUUUAAAAUCUCCCUUUGUCCAAAUUUUCAGGUAUUUAUUGCCUUUCUUGUUUUUUGAUCGCUUUUUUUCUUUUUGGUAAAACCUUAAAUCCUUAUCAGUGUGUGUGGAUUUGUUUCCUCUUGUCCAUUCUGGUGCAGCUUCGUGGAUCCUUCAUAACUUCUCAGGAACUGUUCACGGAGUCACGGUGCAGAAAAAAGCUGGACUGCUUUCAGAAAAGCUAAACUGAAGAAUGAAUUCAUUCUCUCUCUGAGCGACACAACACGAGAGGGAAGCCCUGCUGACGACCCGAGGUUUAGACCCUACUUUAUUUAUUGAGAUUCUUUAAUAGCGAAAAUCCAAAUUAUUUAUUGUACAUAUAUUUUCAUAGUGGAAUAAUAAUAAUAAUAAUAAUAAUAAAAACACACAAACAUUUA